UAUCUGAUUAUUAAAGUUGAUUUGUCAAAGAAGUCAUUCCAAAGAACACAUACUUGUGCAAUUGUCUGCAGAUCAUACUUAUCAUUGAUCGCGCGUUGCGUUCGAGUUUUGUGCAUUCGAGUUUUUACAACCAGCACAUGUGAGUCUCUCCGUGAACAAGGUUUCACAUUCACUAUCAUCACGAUGGCGAGUAACUACAGCGACAGCGUUGUGCACACUAGGCAAGAACUGACAAGUGACGAUAAAAAAUAUGCAGCGGUACAUUUGAACGAAACUGACAAGAUUAGAAAGAACGCCAUUGCGGAGAUCAAACGCUGGAUCGAAGAGUGCGAUGACUUGCGCAUACAAAUUAAUAAAAAUGAUAGAGGUGACUUUCUUAUCCUGCGAUUUUUGAGAGUUUGCAAAUUUAAUCUUGAGAAAACUAAGAUCAGAAUGCAAAACUAUUAUAAACAGCGAUUUUGCUUACCAGAAUGGUACAUGAAUAAAAAUCCAUUUCGACCGGAACUACAAGAACUACUUGAUUUAGGGAUAAUUUUGCCUCUGCGGAAGCCAGACAAUCAUGGGAGAUUGGUUAUGAUCAUAUAUGGCACUCGGCAUGACCCGAAGAAACACAAAAUUGCAGACAUAGCUAAAAUCGCCGUGAUGAUGACAGAAAUUGCGAUAAAGAAUUAUACCACAGUAUCUGUGUAUGGCUGCUCAUUGUUCCUAGACGUAGCCAAUCCAACUAUACAACAUGCUCUUCAAAUGCGACCCCAAGUUAUAAUGAAUUUGGUUCACGGAUGGCAGAGUAGCUAUCCUUUGAGAAUUCAGUCGAUUAACAUUAUUAACGUAAACAAAUAUAUCGAUAUUAUUUUGAGAAUGUUUAGAUCUUUUAUGAUUGAAAAGAUGAAGAAUAGAUUGCACGUCUAUUCACAAAGUGCGAUGCAGGAUUGUUUCAAGGAUAUUCCAGCUAAUAUUUUGCCCGUCGAAUUUGGAGGCACUGAUGAUACACUUCAGGAAUUAGCAGGAUAUUGGAAGAAAUUAUUGGAGGAAAAUCGCGACUGGCUUAUGGAUGAUGAAAAAAAUUGUUACUAAAAAAAAUUUUUUUUUUGUUUUGCUGCA